UAGGUGAAAAUUAGGGUAAUUACUGUACGCCACAAAAGUUUUUUUAAACGUGUAUAUGUGAAGAUUCAGCUGAAUCGAAUAAUCGGAAGUGGGUGUAAUUUAGCGUGUAAGAUUUGACCCGAACAUACAUUACAAGUUAAAAGCUUGUUGUAAUAAAAAUUGUGUGCACCGCGCCGUAGUGAGUCGUGUCCCAUAUAAAGGCGUUGGCGACCCGCCGCGCGGCACUAGAGUUCCGAGGCAGGAUGAAGACCGCGCGCGUCGCCGUGCUUGCUCUGCUUGCCGCAGGGUUAAUCUCCGCGGAAAUCCAGAACCUGGACCUGCUACGUCUGCUGAUGGAGCGACCCAUGCUCAGCGGACACAACCGCUUCGAUCGCGGGCCCUCCAUCGAGGACCGCGUCGACCAGCUCUGGCAUCGAAAGUAUGGGGAGGACAACAGAUAUAGUGAGGGUUUAAGCGGCACAUCGACUAAGCGGUCGGCGGUGGCGACGGCACUGAACGCCGGACGUCCGCGCCGGCAGCCCGCGCCCGCGCUCGGUAUCCUGAACGAUAUGGAGAACUUCUUCGAGUCGCUCCGCGGCAACCUGGCCCUGCAGGCUUCGUUGUCACCCGACGAGCGCGCCCACUUCUACGAGCCGCCGACUGUCGUGCAGCCACCCUCCUCAGGAGGCGGCGGCGGGAGCGGGAUGCGGAAACUGCAUGCGCUCCGGCCCCUCCGACCCACGGGCAACAUCAGAUCUUACAACCGCAGAUCCUUGGUGGAAGACCACAUAUACCCCGGCGCGAACCGGCACGACCCGGGCCUGCUGUGGGCUGGGCUUGGCCGGUAGACGUCUACACAGCAAGCGGUUCAUGCUCUGCGGACGGACCCAGU